AUGCAGCGACACGACUGGAUCCACCAGGUGGGCUUGGUCGCCUUCAACUAUGGCAUCCAACGGCGAUCGAAAGAUGCUGGCGAUUUGGGGGUAAGGCUGUGCCUCGUCUCGGAAGCUUUGAAGAACGCAGAUCCGGGCGAGCUUACAGAAGAGGAGAUCCAAGAACUGUCAGAAGUGAUCCGUGAACUGGAAUCCAUUUCGAAAUGCAACACCUGGCCUUCGGAGCCCGAUCGAACACAAAAGGUGCGGCAAAAUAUCGAGAGCUUUCUGGGAGGCUCAAAGAAAGACCGAAAAACAAGAUUGGUGAUCAAAACCGAUCGCCUUUUGCGGAAACUCCAGGCCUAUGAAAGUCCUGUCCAGCUAUUUGCGAAAGCCCCCAAACAGGCGCGGGGUGAGUACCCAGAGCAUAUCAAAAAGAAGCUCCUUUUAGGCUUGCGGAGGCAAUCCCGUUGUUCCCAGUGUUUGGCCGGUGCCGGGGAUCAAAGCAGCUCGCGGUGGCAUCCGACCAGGUUACUUCUCAAGAACGGGCUCCAACAGGAUCAAAAUAGCGCGUCCUUCGACAUCGUCGUAUCUUCUGAUCCCAUUGACUUCUGGCAGGAUAUUUGCCUAAGAUUACCUCUUGAUGCGAAGCGGGUUCUACGAUUUGCUGACGAAGAUCCUCCCCGGCCCAUUGACCGGCAUGGGCCAGAGGCAGCGGGUUUCUGUGGUCUUUUGAGUUGUAGGACUUUUGCUCGCAUCUGCUUUGACUUUGAGGAUAGGCAAUUUGUACGCGUGCAAGACGGCUUUCGUCUGCAGCAGCGACCCUCCCCAGGUGUCGGUAUGUCGCUUCCUCAUGUCCUGCAGGAAUACUCUCUCGAAGUGAAGGACAAAAUUUCCUUGGCCUACAUCAUAACUUCGGCGUUUUGGCAAUUCUACGAUACCCAGAUACUACGGCACAAAUGGACAAGCGAAUCUAUCCUUUUCAUGCCGGAGGAAGUCGGCCACACGCAGCGACUCCCCAACAAGGCAUACAUCUCAAUCCAAUUCGAAUCGGGGAGGGAACAAACUGAUGAGUAUUUGGAUGCGGACUUUUUAGUCCACCGUUUUCCUCGAAUUCUCUCCUUUGCCGUAAUAUUGCUGGAGAUUGGCCUUGGCAGAUCGCUUCGACUGCGACAGUUUGAUAGCCCUGUUGCCCAAUUCAACUCAGAUUUCGAAGUUGCAAGUCAAGCCCUGGUCGAUUUGCGCGAAAUGUCUUGGACCAACUUUGCCAACAAGGACGUCUACGUAAAAGCCAUUGAGAAUUGUCUAGAAAGCAACCAUUAUAGGAUACAACAGGCAGCAAACGGUCCGACCGAUGCUGCGACCUUGAGCCAUUUGAAUUCUGAUUCUCGAAGGUCUGUUGAUAUUGAUCAAAGACGGAAGACAUUUUACAACAAAGUGGUUUGGCCUCUCCAGUGGCUGGCAGAAACUGGAUUCCAGGGUAGUUACAACCAGGUCACCUUCUUUUCCGAGAGAACAGAGCCCCAGCCUUCAGCCUCACAAUCUCCUACACCAAAUCAUGUUCAAUCGAUGCCUAUGCCUUCAUUCCAUGCAGGCAGCCUGAUAAAUUCUCACGGUUGGCUCGACCACUUGAAACAAAUCAACCAAUACAUUCACCGUACGCUCCACAAGCGACCCGCUAGUUGCAAAUGUAUUCGCAUUGCUAUCUUAGAUACUGGAUACGAUCUGUCGGCUCCAUUUUUCCAGGACCACAAGCGGUUGAGGCGGGUGAAGGGGUGGAAAGACUUUGUUUCUGCAUCGAAGACUCCUGUUGACACUUUUGGUCACGGCACGUUUAUGGCAACAUUGGCGAUAGAGUCCGCACCCGUUGCCGAGCUUUGCAUCGCUCGGGUGGCCGAAAACACUGACAAGCUGACACACAGCCCAUCACGAAUUGCGGAUGCUAUCCGUUGGGCAGCUAUCGAGCAAGAGGCAGACGUCAUCUCAAUGUCGUUCGGGUUCCCAGGGACAAAGAGGAGAUCGCCAAAGCGAUCGACGAGGUUCGAAUCAGCCGUAAAGGCAAAAUCAUCUUUCUUGCCAGUGCCGGGAACUUCGGGCCGUAUCAAGAUGACACCUUCCCCGCGAGUCAUCCGGCUGUGA